AUGGAUUUUAAAGAACUCCUGGCCGAGGAUAAGAGGAUUAAGCUUAGCGGAGCCGAUAUUGAUGGUACUACUAGAGGAAAAAUUGUGAUCAAGGACAAGUUUCUCAAGAGUCUUGACGGCGGUUUUGGCUUUUGUGACGUGAUUUUCGGUUGGGAUAUACUGGAUCGUGUAUAUGAUGCGGGCACGAAUGCAGUUUCGAACGCUGAAGGAGGCUUCCAAGAUGUUAUCGCAAAGGUCGAUGUGAAUACCAUGAGAAGAGUUCCUUGGGAGAAUAAUGUGCCACACUUUUUAGUCGACUUCCAUUCACCAACGACAGGCCUACCACUUCCACAAUGUCCGAGAGGACAGCUUAAACGUGUCAUUGCCGAAUUCGCACAACUAGGACUUAAACCUAUGUGUGGGAUGGAGUACGAGUUCUUUUGUUUCAAAGAAACGCCCGACUCUCUCGAAGAUAAACAAGGCGUCAAACUGCAAAGUUUGGAUCCAGGAAUGUUUGGAUACUCAUUUCUGCGGCCUACGCUGGUUCAGGACUGGUUCUAUGAGGUAUAUGAUAAGCUUGCCGAGUAUGAUAUUCCGAUAGAAGGAUGGCACACUGAAACUGGCCCAGGUGUCUAUGAAGCAGCCAUACAAUACUCUGAGGCUCUCUUGCUGGCCGAUCGAGCACACUUGUUUAAAACAGCAGUAAAGCAAAUAUCUCUGAAACAUAGCAUCAUCCCAUCUUUUAUGGCAAAACCAUUUGCAGACCAGCCAGGCUGCUCUGGUCAUAUCCAUAUAUCGCUGGCCGAUAUACAUACAGGAGAAAACAAGUUUGUCGCUCCAGAUUGGAAGGACCACAUGGAUGACAAGACUGGAAUGAGCCGAAUCAGCCCUAUUAUGAAGCACUUUUUAGCAGGACUGUUGGAAGGAAUCCCUUCUAUUAUGCCAUGUCUUGCUCCGACUGUAAACAGUUACAAGAGGUUUACUGAAGGCUUUUGGGCGCCUGUUACUGCAACAUAUGGAUUCGAAAAUAGAAUCACGUCCGUGAGGCUCAUUGGUCCCCCAUCGGGAGGUCCUGGAACUACUCGAUUGGAACUCAGAAUUGGAGGUGCUGAUUGCAAUGCAUAUCUCGCAUUAGCUGCUGCUUUAGCAAGCGGGCUACGUGGUGUGAAAAAGCAACUAGAGCUACCAUUUCCACCUGCUGGUGAUGCCUCCGAAUCGUUGCCUGAUGCAAAACGUGGUGGUCGUCUACCCAAGAACUUGAAGGAUGCAACCGAUGUUAUGAUGAAGGAGGGAUCUAUCGCGCGAGAAGUCAUGGGAGAUGAAUUCAUCGAUCAUUUUGGAGUACCAGUUUUAGCACUCUGCACUUUGCCUAGAAUACAGAAAACAAUCAUAUCAACCAUGCAAACUACAGAUCAAAGCAAAUUUAUGCUCUCCAACUACAUCGCUCAAUUCAAAAGCACUGAACGAGUUGGUGAUGAGGAUGAACUCAAGAUCGCUCAACAAUCUGGAAAGGAAUCUGCUGGGUGGAUUACCUUUAGAAUGAUUUCGAAAGAUAGUUCCCAAGUCAAGUAUCUGGCCUAUGAGUCUGUGUUUGAAACCGUCGUGACAAACACAUCGCUGGACGCAAUCUCUGCAGGUGUCAGGAAGGUGCUCAAGGAGGACUCGAUCAUUUGUCUCAGCAUGUUGGAAAAGGAAUCCAAUAUGAAAAUUGUCUUGUAUUCAUGCAGCCAAAUCAAUUCUGGAACGAUACUUUCGAAAUUGGUUUGUGAUAAAUCGUUACUUGGCCGCCUCAUCGAAAUCUUUGUCGUGGAACAGGGUAUGAGCCUUGUCAUCGAUCGUGCCAUCAAGUGUAUGGGUCGUCAUGAUACUCGUGAAUUGGCUCAAUUAUCAGUCUCUGCUGAUGGGUUAUCUUGGAUCUUGAAAGAUGCUGAAGCCUGGCAUGAUGGUCUUGGAAUUGUUCCCAAUUAUACACAUGCUCGUCAAAAUGAAGAAGUUGAGCUUCUUGCUGAUCGAGCCUUUGGCCUUGUAUCUCGUUUGUUGUCUCGCUGGAAUAUGCUUACUUCUGCUGCCACAAAUGGCAUUGAAGAAUGA